GGGAGGGGCAGGAGAGAGGGGAGGAAGAAGCACCGCAGGUGAGCCAGGUGGUCUCAGCCCCUGUCCGGGCACCUGUGCCAAUGACCCUAGUGGUGGUUUCGCUUUCUCCUGUCUCGGCGGUGUGAACGUGUGUCUGCAGCGUGAUGGGCAACCAGGUGGAGAAACUGACCCACCUAAGUUAUAAGGAAGUUCCCACAGCCGACCCGAUGGGCGUUGACCGAGACGACGGGCCCCGCAUCGGGGUCUCCUAUAUCUUCUCCAAUGACGACGAGGACGUGGAGCCGCAGCCGCCACCCCAGGGGCUGGAUGGCGGUGGCGGCUGUUUGCCCGACGGCGGGGAUGGGCCGGCACUACCCCCGCCACAGCCCUACGACCCGCGGCUGCACGAGGUGGAGUGCUCCGUGUUUUACCGCGACGAGUGCAUCUACCAGAAAAGCUUCGCCCCGGGCUCCGCUGCGCUGAGCACCUACACUCCCGAGAACCUGCUCAACAAGUGCAGGCCUGGUGACCUGGUGGAGUUCGUGUCGCAGGCGCAGUACCCGCACUGGGCUGUCUACGUGGGCAACUUCCAGGUGGUGCAUUUGCACCGGCUGGAGGUGAGCAAUAGCUUCCUGACGGACGCGAGCCAGGGCCGGCGCGGCCGCGUGGUGAACGAUCUGUACCGCUACAAGCCGCUGAGCCCCAGCGCCGUGGUGCGCAACGCGCUGGCGCAAGUGGGCGCCAAGGAGCGCGAGCUGAGCUGGCGCAAUUCCGAGAGCUUCGCCGCCUGGUGCCGCUACGGCAAGCGCGAGUUCAAGAUCGGCGGCGAGCUGCGCAUCGGCAAGCAGCCCUAUCGGCUGCAGAUCCAGCUCUCUGCGCAGCGG